AUGUCCCAGCAGCUACUGCCCCAGGCUUUUCUCACAAACUUUCAUAAUCGUAUUCGAAACGAGAAUGUUCCUUUUUUUAUUACAGCACAGCCCUCCAGAGGUCACAAGCGAGCAAAAGUUGUAAAUUACGCCGAGUUCGAAACGGACCUGCUUGAGGAGUUUGUCGAGGACGAUGCGAAAGACUUGAACGGGAAGGAGGAGGAAAAUGGUAAGCCCAUGGUCAGUGCAGAAGAUCUCGCCAAUGAGAAUGCUCUUCCUGACCUUGAUUCACAAGAUGACCCUACGAAUAUCCUGAAAUAUCCAAGAAUUAGAGAAACGUUUCUUCAGAGCCGAAUUGCAACCCCAUAUAAAGUUUCCAUUGCUCCGCAAGAUGUUGCUCAGCCAAUGCCCAUUAUAAUUCCAAUUAGGUUGAAUGUCGAGCAUAAUGGUCACAAGAUAAUAGACUUUUUUACAUGGAAUCUCAAUGACCACUCGCUAACCCCAGAACAAUUCGCGGCAAUCUACUGUCAAGACCUAGAUUUUCCUGUGACAUCCGUCGUCCACAGUCAAAUAAGUUCUUCUAUUAGCGAGCAGCUCCAGGAGUACUCAACACUCGCUUCAGUUACUGUCCCAGACUUGCACGUCAUUAUCAACCUGACAUGCAACUUAGAUUCUAAAAUGUAUGAAGACAACUUCGAAUGGGACCUCAAUGAUCAGAAUCUAACACCGGAGCAGUUUGCGAACUCCGUAGUCCAGGAUCUGGGCCUGACACGUGAAUUCGCUCCUGCUAUAGCACAUGCCCUGCACGAGUCUCUCUUGCGAGUAAAAAAGGACUGGCUUGAAGGACACAUAAGCCCUGAUCAAGUCGCGAAUGGCGCAGCUUUUGGUUACCUUUCAGGCAUUAGGUUAGAUGUUGAUGCCCUAGGGGUGUCAUGGUGCCCGAAGGUUGAGGUCCUCUCUCAGUGGGAAAUUGAGAAGCGAGAAAUAGAGAAGGAGAGAAAUUUGAGGCGACUCAAGAGAGAAAGUGCUAAGGUUGAGGACAGAUCAUCGCGUAGGAGUCGUAAAAGAAGGGUAGAUGAUUUGGAAACUACGUUAAGACUUUGA